AAGGGAAAUGACGCCGGCGCAGAAAAUGGCGUCCGCAAAGCCUGUGCACUGCUGUGGUUUGUUACCCGUUUAAUUGAGAGCCGAGUGGGGGGUGGUCUCUCCGUCUGGCAGAUGGACGAUAAUAAUAUGGCAGUGUAUCGCUGCCGCCCGCUUUCUUGAUCCCGGAAUCUAACCCGCAACUUCAUGUCCGAAGGAGCCAGAGCUGCCUGGUCGAAGAGGGGUUGUGGGGAUUCGCACCGCCGAGAACCAGGGAAACAUAAACACAGGAAAUGCGAGCGGCCCCUUAGCGCUCAGCCAUCAAAGCCUGUGAUUGUUCGCCCGGGCUCCAAAAGGUGUGUUAUGUCGGGGGCGGAUGUGGAGGUGUACCUGUCCCAGGUGCAUGAUGGGAGUGUGUCGUCCGGCUUCCGGGCGCUGUAUGAGGAGCGUCUGCUGCUGGAUGUCACGCUGCUGAUAGAGGAGCACCACUUCCAGGCCCACAAGGCGCUUCUGGCCACCCAGAGCGACUACUUCCGGGUCAUGUUCACAGCAGACAUGAGGGAGAGGGACCAGGACAAGAUCCACAUGAAGGGGCUGACGGCCGCUGGGUUCGGCCACAUCCUCAGAUUCAUGUACUACGGCUCGCUGGAGCUCAGCAUGCCCACUGUCCAAGAAAUCCUGCAGGCGGCCAUGUACGUCCAGCUGACGGAGGUGGUGGAGUUCUGCUGCUCCUUCCUUCUGGCCAAGAUCUGCCUGGAGAACUGUGCCGAGGUCAUGCGCCUCCUGGAGGACUUCAGCGUGGGCGUGGAGGGCGUCCAGGAGCAGCUCGACAACUUCCUACUCGACAACUUUGUCCCCCUCAUGAGCCGACCCGACUUCCUGUCCUACCUCAGCCUCGAGAGACUGCAGGCGUACCUGAACAGCGAUGCUCUGAGUCGCUUCCCAGAAAUCGAGCUGUAUGAAGCCGUUCAGGCGUGGCUGCGACACGACCGGCGGCGCUGGAGGCACACGGACACCAUCGUGCAGUCAAUCCGCUUCUGCCUCAUGACGCCUGCCAACAUCUUUGAGAAGGUGAAGACGUCAGAGUUUUACCGUUACUCCAGACAGCUGAGGCAGGAGGUGGACCAGGCGCUCAGCUACUUCCACGAUGUCAACCAGCAACCUCUGGUGGAAACGCGCUCCAACCACAUCCGCUCCGUCCGCCCGCAGACCGCUGUCUUCAGGGGGAUGAUCGGUCACAGUAUGGUCAACAGCAAGAUCCUGCUGCUGCAGCGCCCAAAGGUGUGGUGGGAGCUGGAGGGACCUCAGGUGCCGUUACGGCCGGACUGCCUGGCUAUUGUCAACAACUUUGCCUUCCUGUUGGGUGGAGAGGAGCUGGGGCCCGACGGGGAGUUUCACGCCUCCUCCAAAGUCUACCGCUACGACCCUCGACAGAACUCCUGGCUCCGCAUGGCUGACAUGUCCGUUCCCAGGUCAGAGUUUGCAGUCGGCGUCAUCGGCAAGUUUAUUUAUGCCGUGGCGGGCCGCACGCGAGACGAGACCUUCUACUCCACGGAGAGAUACGACAUCACAGAGGACCGCUGGGAGUUUGUGGACCCGUACCCUGUGAACAAGUACGGUCACGAGGGAACAGUCCUCAGUGGUAAACUGUACAUCACUGGUGGUAUCACCUCCUCCUCCACCUCCAAACAGGUGUGUGUGUUCGAUCCAGGGCGGGAAGCGGGAGGUGGGGGAGGAGGGGGGAGCUCGGGGGGCUCGGACGCACACAGGACACGCGCCGGCCGAGGCCCGCUGCUGCCUGGCACUCACGCCAGCUGCUGGGAGAACAAGUCCAAAAUGAACUACGCCCGUUGCUUCCACAAGAUGAUCUCUCACAAUGGGAAGCUGUACGUGUUCGGAGGGGUGUGCGUGAUCCUGCGGGCUUCCUUCGAGUCGCAGGGCUGCCCGUCCACCGAGGUGUACGACCCAGAGACUGACGAGUGGACCAUCCUCGCCUCCAUGCCCAUCGGGCGCAGCGGCCACGGGGUGGCAGUGUUGGACAGGCAGAUCAUGGUGCUGGGCGGCCUGUGUUACAACGGCCACUACAGUGACUCCAUCCUCACCUUCGACCCUGACGAAAACAAGUGGAAGGAGGAUGAGUAUCCCAGGAUGCCUUGCAAACUGGACGGUCUGCAGGUGUGCAGCCUGCAUUUCCCAGAGUAUGUGCUAGAGCACGUGAGACGCUGCAGCUGAGGUCUGCUCCACAGCGGGCCUCCUUUUAUAGAAAUGGGAAUGCACUGUUCAAAGACUGAAGCCUCCCGCUGGGAGAUCAGGUGUUUACAGGUGGGAGACUCUACUGAUGCGCAGGCUUUUAAACUAGAGACCAGCACUUACCUGAGGUGAGGUAAGGAAAAGAUGGCCGGGGCCAUAGAUUUGCUUUUCUUAACGAAGGCGAACGUGUGGCGCGGUGAGACGCCACGCUAACAGUCAGCUCGAACAUUUUCAGAAUUAGCUUUCUCAGAAAACUAAGGAAAAAUAAUGGUGGAGAGAAAAAAAGGUUUCAUUCUGCUGGUUUACGUUUGGACUUUGGUCAGUUUCCUAUUCUACUGCUCACCUACUGUAUUUAGGCUGUCCAGUCAGACUCACUGCAGAAACGCACUGGAAGCACCAGGUUCAUUCAUUUCACCACAGGAACCUGUGAUUAUUUCAUUUCAGCAGCCAAACAAACCCGUGUCAGAGAAGCUUUCUCUGCUUCCUGAGAGUUCAUAUAUUUAAAUCCUGUAUCUUUAAUCCAGUUCUUCUUGUUGAGAAAUAGUUUAGUAAAAGCCAAAAUGUGACUGCGGCUAAUUUCAAACAAUCACAGAAUGCCCUGUAAGAUGCAUACAGCGAGGUAUAUACACAAACUAUAACACUAUAUUCUGUAGUGUAGUUAGUUUUAUAGCCUGUCUCCAAAUAUAUGAAGCAGACAGACAAAGGACGCCGUUAAACAGAUGUUGUCACCGAUGCUGCUGAUGCUUCAGUCUGAUAUCAGCUGUGAUCUGUCACAUCACAAACGGACAAAUUCAGGUUUGGCUUCCAGUGCGUUCCAGCUUUUUAGUCCCAGUUCUGCUCUUUACUCCCAGAUAUCCACUAUACUGUGCUCAUGUUCAUAUAAACAUCACCGUGUCUCUCUGUGGCCCCUCUCCUUCCUCUGUCCCAUAGUUUGAGAAUAUGUGUGUGUGUGCUACACAGCACACGACGGCUCGUUCCUCACUCGGUGGCGAUGCUGUAUGAGAAGGGUCUUUGUCUCAGAGCAGUCCUGUUCCUGUCUCAUCACUGGCAGUGCUUUACCUACUCUCACCUACAUUCCCUGCACUUUAUAGGUUGUCACUGGGUGUAAAUGCACAGUUUACCAGCUAACCUUCCAAGCAGCGGUGGUAUUACACCAUGCUGCCGUGUGGGAGACGUUUAGCAGUGUCUGAAAUUAAUUUUCCGGCUGACCUGUCGAGGUGAAAUAAACGUGUGCCCUCCAUAAAAUAUGCAGCUAGUUGAAAUAUUUAAGAAGCAUCAAGCCUCAUGGAAGAACAAGUCUUAAACCUCUUUUUUCCUCUGAUCUGCUCGUACGAAGGCUCCGAUCGUACGAAGGCUCCCAUCGUACGAAGGCUCCGAUCGUACGAAGGCUCCCAUCGUACGAAGGCUCCCAUCGUACGAAGGCUCCCAUCGUACGUGCACACCUUUCAGAUUUGCCAAAUUGUGUUAACUGGACUAAACUUGUCAUGGAUCAGCUUGAUGGUGCACGGUGCCUGUUGUUAAUUUACCUUCGGCACAUUUCACUUGUGUCAUGUACCAAAUCAAGUGUGUGUUUUUUUUUAGUUUAAGCUUCUUAAACAACCUGUGGAGCUCAGUAUCAUGAAGGCUGCUGUUUCAGCUGUGAAAGCCUGAAAAAACAAACUACCAGCCAGUGUUUUCAGAUGAUCUCUGUCCACCAAAGCUGAAUUUCACCAGCGUUUGACAGUUGGCUGUGUUAAUUUCAGACACUGAAACAUCACCUGGAGCGCUUCAGCCAUAUCAGAGGAGUUGUUCAGCAGAUGCAAACUUUCAGUUGUCAUAGCUUUCACAUCCAAGCAGUGCAGCGCCUCGAUCCUGCGGCCUAGCAGACCCUGCUCGACGAGCAGCUCCAUGUUUCGGACCUUGUCCUUUCUGGAUUUUUUUUUUUUUAUUCAUUGAGCCAACUGUGAAAAGGGCUAGAGCACAUACUGAUGCAGUUCUGUCUGUCAGCCAUGUAUUUAAGUUAUUUAUUUUCUGAGUUAUUGCUUUUCACUGAGCUAUGCAGUAACAGUAGUAGGAUUAUUUAUUAUGACGAGAAUUUCAUUGUGAAUCGUGUUGUUUUCAAAUUGUACCUUGUCUCCUUUCCUUGUUUCAUCCUCAGCCGUCUGUCCUUUUCCACCUCAGCAGCACUGCAUGUGGCCAAUGAACGGACGAACAGUCUUUCCUCCAGUGUGAACUGACCCGUGAAGAAGGGUUAAUAAAAUCAGCAGGUCUGUAGGUGGAAAUAUCUGAAAAUCUAGUUGGAUUUUAGCACAUGAACAGGGACAUGUUAAAGGAGGAUACAGGUGUCAUUUGGAGUUAGGAUCCGUUAAUUACCUUUUUGUAUGCAAACGAUCAUUUAUCAGAUGUUAAAUUUACAGGUUUUCCAUCAUUUCUAAAACACACACUUGCCGGUAGGUGGCAUGUUUUUGAGAGAUCGGGUUUGAAUUUCAUCUUAGUAUGAAAAAACUUUGGUAUUAUCCUUUUAAUUCACGAUUCUUUGUGUAAACAAUGUCCCUGUUGUCCACACAGACCUCUCACGUCCUGAGCCACAGCUUUACAGUGUUGACUCUUCAGCGCCUGGUGUCACUGGUAGACAUCUUAGAUUGUGUUCCCACGUGAACGCCUCCUCAGCAGUGGGAAGUUGUGUGUUUCACUGUGGGCGUCUUAACCCAACACUGUUUUCUAAUUUGAGAAAACUUUUAAAGGCAAAAAAUGUUUUCAAGAAACGCAAUUAUUGUACCAGGGCUGCAACUAAUGAUUAUGUUCUUAAUAGAUUAAUUCCUUAGUCCAUAAAAAAAUCCAUCAUAAUUUCCUAGAACCCAAGGCGACGUCUUCAGACCCAAACAUCUGUCAUUUACUGUCAGAGGGAAACAGCACAUCCUCACAUUUAAGAAGCUGGAGCCAGGAAAUGUCUGAAACAAGUAUUACCUAACAAAUAUUAGGUUAUUAAAAUAGCUGGCUAAUUUUCUUUCAAGUGAUUAAUCAACUAAUCGUUGCAGCCUGAGCUCAUCAGAACCUGGCGAACAGAAGCUAAAUGAACGUGGCUGGGAAACGAGCCUCUUUAACUCCACAUCCCUUUUGCGUUUGUUGUGUGUCACCGUGCUCUGCAGCUGAUUCCAUGAACAUCACAUCUGCCACUCUGCAGUCCUCUCGCUGCUCCUCCUCCUCUCAUGUCGCUGUCAAAGAAGAGACGUGUUACCGAUAAAGUACUGCUGUCCUGAGUUGAGGCACAUUCAGUCAUAGCGCAGCAUCCUUUAGUCCACCAGUCUUCAGUCUGUCAGUAGGAAAACAGAAUAGAGGAUUAAAAAAAACAUACCUUGCUACAACGACUGUAUCUGAAAAAGAAAGUAAAAUCAGAUUAACAUAUCUUAUAAUCUGAGUAGAAACUCUUUGGAAACGAUUUGUAACUUCUUUCCAGAAAUAAAUGUUCAUA